AUGGGUCGUUCUAAAGCAAGAGCAGACUCGUAUUUGAGCAAUCGCCGUAAUAAACAUGAAGCCAAAAUAAAAAACAAUGAGUCUGAAUCAAGAUCUAUCAAUGGGGAUAAUCAAGAUGAGUUAAAGGGUUCUGAUACUAAUUCUGUUUCUGGAUCGGAUUCCGACCCAGAACUAGAUUCGGACUCGGAUUCAGAGUCAAGCUCAUCUGCUUCAAAUCCACCGCUCGAUUUCAGUAGAUCACCUACUCCUCUUCAAUCUUUGCAUAACCUUUCCACAACAAAUCAAAUUACAGAACCUCGGAAUGAUGCCAGGAUGGAGAAUUCAGCUGCUGUACUGGAAACUCAAUUGGCAGAACAUGAAGUGGCUGACUCAUCUCAGCCGGUAUCUGCUGCUCCUAUUCUACAGACUCCACCAAUAGAACCAGUUAUAGAUGAUCCCGUACAAACCGUGGAUGAGCUUGUUUUCAAAGUCUUGAAAUACCAUGUCCAUAAGUUAAAAACCGACAUUAAAUACAACGCUAACUCUAGAGAAAGAAUACUUUCUGAGUAUAUGUCGUCAAUUCCUAUUGGUUCCAUCAAAGCUUCGGAUAUUCCAUCUACUUCGGAAUUGUUGAGAUCAUACAAUUCAAGAGUUGAAGUCUUGGAAAAGGCCUCGUUGUAUUUCCCCAAUGAAAGAAACAUCACUCAACUUUAUGAUUUAUUACCCGAUGACUCUCUGGUUAGACUCAUUGAGGAAAAUUAUCUCGCAAUAAAAGCUACUGUUCACCACCUUUUUGAUUCAGUAUUUAAAACUAAUACUCCAAUUGGGAAUAAUGGAGACAAUAUCUAUAAAAUUUUCAUUGGCUAUCAAACCCAAUUCAAAUUAGAUAACCAGUUUAUUUCUGUUAAUCUGGAAAAAUUGAUCAAAUCCUUUAUUAUCACCCGUCUUGCCCCUUUUCUUCUUCAGCAACUCGAAACAGUUCGACAAGAUUUGAAAAAAGACCAUAAAGUUGCAAGAAUUUUCAAUUCAACGUCUCCUUUCGAAGAACAACGGAAAACGAUCAUCUCGAAGAUUCAAAAUUUCUCAGCAAAAGAUAUCUUCUUCUUUGAUGAAGUAGUUUUCGACCUUGACAAUUUAAAAGUUUUAUCAAAAGAUAUUGUGAAUGGACAAAGAGCUCGUUCACAGGAUGCGAAUAAUAACGGUAACAUCCCAACUCUUUUAACUUUGGGAAUUGCUGGUAAUUAUCCUGGUACUGAAUUCCAUAAACCCUUGAUCAUCACCAAUGCUUCUCAUGAUCGUGAAGUUCUUACACGAAACAAUUAUCUAUAUGAAGCCAAUGGUAUCAACUCACAAGUUGCUUUUUCUAAAUAUUUAAAAGAAUGGGACCUUUUAUUGACCUUAGAUUCCAAUAGAAAAAUUGCCAUUGUUAUAGAUCAUUAUUCCUGUCAUUUCAUUACAAACAGUCUUGAAUAUUUCCAAAAUAUUACUUUAAUUAGGGUAAAUAGAUUUGUCAACUAUAAAAAAGGACAUCAUAUUUCAAAAAAGAAAAGAUUCAAAUUGCCAUAUGAAUUGGGUUUUAAUCAAAUGCUUCAAUUACAAGUUAAACAAGAUUUUUUAAAUCUCGUUAUGAAAGAUAAUAAAAUAUUAACGGAGAUUGAUAUAGCCGUUAGUAUCAAAAAAUUCUAUAUGAAAUUCAUUCGAAAUUUUAUCGUGAGUGAAACUUAUAAAAGAUUAUAUCAAUUAAUCAUUGCAUGUGGCAGAUUGGAUGAAAAUGAAGAUAACCAAAAAUCUAAUGAUGACCACUUUAUAAACAAAUAUCUCGAAGAUACUGCAGUUCUGGGUUCUAAGUUCAUCUUCAAAAACAAAUACAAAUUUGUUAUUAUGGAAUCGUUUGAAAAAAAGACAAAAGACUUUUUGUUUAAACUUGCAUCUAAAAUACCAAACUCUGCCAUUUCACCAGGCCUUUUGAAAAAUGCUCUUUAUGAUAAUCUUUUAGCUCAACCCUAUGAAGACAAGUCGAAAAUGCAAUACACCUCGGAUAAUAUAGUGGACCUAAUCAAAUUCGAGAUGCAAUAUACCCCCGAAAACAUAUCCGAUAUGAGCGACGAUCAAGAUGAUGAGGUAGAAGUGAUAGAAGAAAUAGAAAUUGAAGACUCUGACCACGCUUCUGAACUGAGAAUUAACUCAAACUCUGACGUUGAAGAAGACCAUGACGAAGCUGAUAUUGAUAUGGUUGAUGUGAAUACCGAAGGAGAGCAAGGUGAUACCGAAGAGCAAGAUGCUCCUAUGAAUAACAAUUCUUCGAACGCAGAUGCCUAUAUGGAGACUAACGAGAAUGAGAAAGAAGAUGAAAAUACCCCAGCAGGAACAUCAGACAACGAUUUGUUCGUUCAGAGCUUCACUGACGAAGAAAAUGAAAACUUAGAGGAAGCUGAAACUGAAGUUACAAAGACUCCGAUAAGAGGAAGAAGACUUCAAAAGGCACCAGCUCCAGAGAAGGAGAACACAGAGAAUGCUUCAUUUACAAGACUGUCAGUAAGUUUGGAAUCAAAGCCCAAUGCUCCAAUAAGUCAAAUUUGCAAUAACGUAGUAGAAUUAUUAAUCCAAACUACUUCCAAAAAAUUCUCUAACAAAGUUCUUAAGAACAAUUUACGGAUUUCCAGAAGAACCAGAUCGGCUUUCAAGGAGUUUUACGAAUCUUAUUUGGAGGAUAAACAGGAAGCCUUCAAGCCGAGACCCACAACUCGUAGAUCUAGAAGAAAAGCACCUUCUGUUGUAACAGAACUCAUUGAUUUAACUGAUACUGAGGAGGUUGAGGAUCAAGAAGAAAAACUGAAUAGUCUGAAUGAUUCGGAUAGCUUACAAGAAAAAAAUGAUACGGAAGAAUCGACCCAUACAAUAAGUGAAGCUGAAGACUCCAACAAUUCCAAUAAGAACAAUCUGAAGAAAACGAACAUCAGUAAUAAAAAGCCGGCUGACACUUUACAGAAAGAAAAAGACGAAAAGUACAAAUCUAUCUCAGAUAAUAAUAAACUGGGUCAUGAGCUAGGUGAGAGUGGUGAAAAUCUGAGUGAAGAUGAACAGAAGGAAAAUACAAACGAGCAAACUGAUGAAGAAUCAACUAGGAAACAACUGAAAGAGAAAGGGCCCAAGGAUAGGCUUAAUGAAGAACUGAGUGAAGCUGUUGAACUGAGUGAUGAACUGGAUAAAAGUAGUGAAGAACUGAGUGACGCAAAGACAGACAAAGUGAUAACGAACUGA